UGUAUAUACAUUUUAGCAGUGCAUGAUCAUGACGUAGACUACUGAUGUGUACAAAAAGCUUUCAUCCAUAGCUUUUCCAUGACUAUUCUCAAACCCUUUUAAACUUUUUCCUCUUUUCCCCUUUUCUUGGCAACGUACUUUAUAUUCCACCUUCAUUUUGCAUUUGGCGUUUAUCACAUGGACUUUCUGCCACUGACCCAUCACCCACGGUUUAUGAUUGUACUAACUAUUAUGCACUUUUAGCUUUAUUGCCCUAUAUCUAUGUAUAUAUAAAUGCACCUUCACAAAUUUUCCUCCUCAAUCCCAACCUAAAAACCUACCUUAUUCAUUAAGAAUAAUCUCUCUCUCUCUCUCUCUCUUUUUCUCUAGAAUGGCUCGAGUACAAAGUGGCCAAGCCAGUGAAGGGAUUAAGUUGUUUGGGACAACGAUUAUGUUGUGUGGUAGAGAGAUAAAAGAAGAUAAAAACGAGAGUGAAGAUGAUGGAACAGAAGAAAAGAGGCCAGAUAAGAUCAUUCCAUGCCCUAGAUGCAAUAGCAUGGAAACCAAGUUUUGUUAUUUCAAUAACUACAAUGUUAAUCAGCCUAGACAUUUCUGUAAAGGUUGCCAGAGGUAUUGGACAGCUGGCGGAGCCCUUCGUAACGUACCGGUGGGAGCCGGCCGACGAAAGGCCAAACCGCCUUACCAUGAUACGGACGGUGGAUUCGCGGCCACCGUCCAACAACAAUUUGGUUUGAAGGGAUUGGCUUUGAAUGAAUGGCAUGUUCACAUUCACACUGUGGCUCACGGUGAUUUUCGACAGUUUUUUCCAUCUAAAAGGAGGAGUAUGAGCUCAGGUGGUCAACGUCAACCUUUUUAAGCUCUUUCUUCAUUCAAACCUUCCCGUCUUUAUUUUUCUUGUAUUAACGUAGGUCUUCCUUUCGACGAUUUUUAGUUUAAUCUUGCUUACAAGACUUAGGUAUCAUUUUAUAAGUAUGUUUUCUUUUCUAAAUAAAAACACAAGUUAUGGCUCGUGAUUGAUAAAAAUAUAACACUUGUAAUAAUUAUCACACAGGUUGUAUUUUUAAUUUAUUGAAGAAAAAAACUAUAUAAUAUUGCACCUA